CCCACUGGAUGUCGAGCACUGUGCAUAGUUACUUCGAUUCUUGCAACCACCCUGGCAAGGAUCGAAAAAUCUUGUGUCCUCUGGAUUUGGCCACACCGGAUAAUUUUAGAGUGACAAGUUGGGCUGAGUUGCAUGGAGGUGGCGAGCAGAAGUCAGACAAUGAUGAUGUCGGGAAGAGGAGGCGACAGUGAAGGCGCACUGAGAUAAGAAUCUAAGAGGAUGGAACCGAGUACCUGUAAGACCAGCGAAUCGGAGGAAGACUAUGUUGAGGAAGAGGAAUCUGAGGAGGAGUAUGUUAAAGAGGAAGCUACCACCCCUUCUAAGCCUUCACAGCAGGCAUUCCCAAAGGCUGACUGUAAGACAUUUGAGAAUGGGGUUCCCUUAUCCAUUAUAGCCAAGAAAAUCAUAGCCCCAACUGACACAGAUGACUUAGAAGUUGGGAAGAGAAAGAGAAGGCGGAAACACAGACCCCUGGCCAUCAACCUGACCAACUGCAAGUAUGAGAGUGUGCGUCGGGCAGCGCAAAUGUGUGGCUUGAAGGAGGUGGGGGAGGAUGAAGAGUGGACGGUGUACUGGACAGACUACUCUGUCUCGCUGGAACGAGUCAUGGACAUGAAGAGGUUUCAGAAAAUCAACCACUUCCCCGGCAUGACAGAAAUCUGCCGCAAAGAUCUGCUGGCUCGGAACCUGAACCGCAUGCAGAAACUCUACCCCACGGAGUACAACAUCUUCCCCCGCACCUGGUGCCUGCCCGCAGACUACGGGGACUUCCAGUCCUACGGUCGUCAGCGAAAAACCCGCACUUAUAUCUGCAAGCCAGACAGUGGCUGUCAGGGACGUGGCAUCUUCAUCACCCGAAAUCCCCGGGAGAUCAAGCCAGGAGAGCAUAUGAUCUGCCAGCAGUACAUUUCCAAGCCCUUCCUCAUCGACGGCUUCAAGUUUGAUAUGCGAAUCUACGUCCUGAUCACGUCCUGUGACCCUCUUCGGAUCUUCGUGUAUGAGGAGGGCCUGGCCCGGUUUGCCACCAUGCCCUACGUGGAGCCCAGCCACAGCAACCUGGAUAAUGUCUGCAUGCACCUGACCAACUAUGCUAUCAACAAACACAAUGAGAAUUUUGUCCGGGAUGAUGCUGUGGGCAGUAAGAGGAAGCUGUCAACACUCAACACCUGGCUACGAGAGCACAGCUACGACCCCCAAGAGCUGUGGGGGGACAUCGAGGACAUCAUCAUCAAAACCAUCAUCUCAGCCCAUUCUAUUCUUCGCCACAAUUACCGAACCUGUUUUCCCCAAUAUCUGAGUGGAGGUACAUGUGCCUGUUUUGAGAUCCUUGGUUUUGACGUCUUGCUGGACCACAAGCUGAAGCCCUGGCUGCUGGAGGUAAACCACUCUCCAAGCUUCACCACGGACUCAAGCCUUGAUCGAGAGGUAAAGGAUGCACUUCUCUGUGAUGCCAUGACCCUUAUCAACCUCCGGGGCUGUGACAAAAGGAAGGUGAUAGAGGAGGACAAGCGGCGAGUCAAGGAGCGGCUUUUCCAGUUCCACCACCAGCCACGAGAAGCCAGGCGAGAACAAACUGAGUCAUCUCAUGCAGCAAUGCUGGACCAGGAACAAUAUGAGGAUUCCCACCUGGGGGGAUACCGGAGGAUCUACCCUGGGCCUGACACAGGGAAGUAUGCACCCUUCUUCAAGCACAUUGGCUCCCUCUUCCAGGAGACUGCUGCUUCCAAGGCCAGAGAGGAGUGUGCCAGGCAGCAACUGGAAGAGAUCCGCCUUAAGCAAGAACAGCAGGAGACCUCAGGCACUAAGAGGCGAAAGGACAACAAGGACCAGAACCAGGGUGAAUCAGCUGGGGAGAAGAGCCGAUCCAGGGCAGGGCUUCAGGGCCCUUCCAUCCACUUGGCUUACAGGAAACGGAACCGGGAAAAAGAGCUGCUACCAGUACAACUGGACACCAUGCAGCCUCAAGAAAUUGUGGAAGCAGAGGAGCUGGAGCGGAUGAAGGCCCUGCUACAAAGGGAAAAUCUCAUCCGAAGCCUGGGUAUUGUACAGCAGCUCACUCGCAUGCUGCACCCCAGCCGGGGCCAGACAAAGCUUCAUGAGUUUCGGCCUAGAUUUCACCAGGACGGGCCAGGCAGUCAAGAACUGCAAUCUGUGAGUCUGGUCCCAUUGUUGCUCCUGAGAAGGGCUGCCACAGAGCAGGGCCCUCCUCAUUUACUGCAUCCAGUUCGGCCCCAUGAAUUGAUCCCCAGGAUCACAGGGCCACUGCCAAGCAUGAAUGUCGCAAUUCCACAUCAUUCCUGGUGCCAACUGCAGCUCAAGAACUUCAAGUGGAUAGGAGAUACAGCAGCCUUCCACUCCUGUUCAUUGUCAAUGAAGAAAUCUGGGAGGCGCUGUUUUUCCAGUGCCAGAGUCAGGCUCACUAGUCAAGGCCAAGCCAGCAGAAGGCUAGAAGCCAUAAACCAAGCCCUGGCAGGAUCAGUGUCACCCACUUUAACCCCAAAGCAGGGCUAUCUUCUGCAACCGGAAAGAGUGGCAUGUGAUACAUGGACUGAAGGCACCUUGCCCUCCGUGGUAAACUCUGAACACAGAGCAGCCAAGACUCGGGAUCUCGCCCUCUGCACUGCCUCUGCACCCGUGCUGCAGCAUUCCAGUGCACCCCUCAACAUCAGUCAGCACAGGUAAAAGCAGGAGGGAUCUCUACUUCUCCUGGAGAAUCAGGUUUCCAAGGGGGCAAAGGUCCUUCAAUCUUUGCUAAAUGAAGGACUGUCAUUAACUUAGAGUUUGAAAAGCCCCGGCCAGGAACUCUGCAUAACGCAUAACACAGUCACCAAGAAUUCCUCAACACCCUAAGAUGAUUUUGGGAUCGCCAAAGACUAAAAGAUGAAGAGGAGCCAAAGCCAGCCAUGUACUCAUCUCUGCUCCUCAAGCCUUAGCUUGGGCUUAUCGCUAGGUGCUGGGUCUGAACCUUGGGUAUGGCCCAGGACUGAAAGCUACACGGCGACACGGAGCCCCUUUCCCAGAGGAGCCAAGUGCCCAAGGAACCGGGCUGUCGCCAUCACAAGAUUGCCAAGGGGAAGCCCCUCCUCCUGCGCGGAGACAGGCAGGCCUGGACAGCCGCUGGAGCAGGGGACGUGGCGGCUCUUGGCAAUUGGAUCCGUCUUUUUAUUAAAGUUUAUGCCACUGUC